AGCCAGCGAGAGAGCAGCAGCACAUCCUCCGCGAUGAUGGGGCGGCUGUAAGCGAGCUCGCUGAGCGUCUCCGGCUUGCAGGAGGAGGAGGAGGAGGAGGGACUGCGGCUUGGAAGCAGCAGCAGCAGCAGGAGCAGCCUCGCUGGCUCAGUCCAUCCUCCAGGCGCUGGGGCUCCGCGAGAGUCCCUUCGGAGGGUUGGAAGAGGCGAUGGAGUGAGAGGGGAGAAGCAGCGCCGGCGGAUUCGCGAGGGAAGCAAGCCCGUGGCCGGGCAUCCAGCGCCGGCAGACGCUGAGCCGAAGAGCCGCUUUCCUGGCCGCCGGUGGCUGGCAGGGCAGAGCUUCUUUUUUCCCCCCUUGCUGGACACCCGAUGUAUGCUUUCCUCUCUUCCUUGAAAGCGCGCGUCUCUCGGUGCGUUGUGGGAGAUUUUGCCUCUACCCCCCCCCCAAAAAAAAGCCUGCCUGCUGUUCAUUUCAAGACAUCUCCCAGUGGCUGCAAUCGCAGUGCUUUGCAAGAGAGAGAAAACAGUAGGCUUCCCAAGGCGGCCGUGCCUCCCGGGGCUUUGCAGGCAAGGACACCUCGAAGGAAAGUAAACUAUCACAACUGCUUAAAACACACCCACCCACCGACCCCCGAAUAACCAGCACGCGCAGGAAAAGUAAGGAAGUGGGCGCUGGGUGGAUUUUUUAAAAAAAGACGAAAAAACAUCACCACACACCCGAAUAAGUUCAGAAAAUCGGGACUUGGACUCGGUUGGAACAGAAAGAUUUGCCGGCAUUGCAAGUGUCCCCAGGCAGAGCAUUUUGAAACGGCAAUGCCUUUGGAAAUGGAGAAGACUGUGACCAAGCUGAUGUUUGACUUCCAGCGAAAUUCGACUUCUGAUGAUGAUUCUGGCUGUGCCUUGGAAGAAUAUGCCUGGGUUCCUCCUGGGUUAAAGCCUGAACAGGUUCAUCAGUACUACAGCUGCCUGCCAGAAGACAAAGUGCCUUAUGUGAACAGCCCUGGGGAGAAAGCCCGUAUCAAACAGCUUCUUCACCAGCUGCCACCGCACGACAAUGAGGUGCGAUAUUGUAACUCACUGGAUGAGGAGGAGAAGAGAGAACUCAAACUCUUCAGCAAUCAGAGGAAAAGGGAGAACUUGGGCAGAGGCAAUGUCCGGCCAUUCCCAGUCACCAUGACAGGCGCCAUCUGUGAGCAGUGCGGAGGCCAGAUUAAUGGUGGAGACAUCGCCGUCUUUGCAUCCAGAGCAGGCCAUGGUGUUUGUUGGCACCCAUCAUGCUUCAUAUGCAGUGUUUGCAACGAGCUGUUGGUAGAUCUUAUCUAUUUCUAUCAAGACGGGAAGAUUUAUUGUGGCCGACACCACGCAGAAUGCCUCAAGCCUCGGUGCGCAGCAUGUGAUGAGAUUAUCUUUGCCGACGAGUGCACAGAGGCUGAGGGAAGGCACUGGCACAUGAAGCACUUUUGCUGUUUUGAAUGUGAAACCGUGCUGGGUGGCCAGCGGUACAUCAUGAAGGAAGGGCGGCCAUAUUGCUGCAACUGUUUUGAAUCCUUAUAUGCAGAGUAUUGUGAUACCUGCGCUCAGCACAUUGGCAUUGAUCAGGGCCAGAUGACUUACGACGGCCAGCACUGGCAUGCCACAGAGACUUGCUUUUGUUGCGCCCAGUGCAAGAAAUCUCUGCUUGGACGACCAUUCUUGCCAAAGCAAGGGCAGAUCUUCUGCUCCAGAGCCUGCAGUGUAGGAGACGACCCGAACGGCUCAGAUUCAUCUGACUCUGCCUUUCAAAGCGCCAGGGCCAAAGAAUCGCGGCGCAGUGCCAAGAUCGGCAAGAACAGGAACAAAGGAGAAGAGAACGCCGCCAGCCCAAAUAGCCAACUGCAGGUGACCUCUAGCAGGCUCUCGACCGAUGUGGACCCACUCUCCUUACAGAUGGACUUGCUCAGCUUAUCCAGCCAAACCCCGAGUUUGAACAGGGACCACAUCUGGAGAAGCAGAGACGAACUCUAUCACUACGGGAACAAAAUGGAGCAAAGUCAGUCACAAAGCCCUCUCCAGUUGCUCAGCCAGUGCAACAUAAGGACUUCCUACAAUCCAGGGCAGAGCCCAAGUGCCCAGCAGGAGAUGUGGGGUAAACAUUUCAGCAACCCAAAGAGGAGUUCCUCCCUAGCCAUGAAAGGACGCAGUGGCAGCUUCAUCCAGGAAUGCCGAGAAGAUUAUUACUCAGGAGGAAGGCUACCAUCCCAAGAGAGUUACAGCGACGUGUCUAACCAGAGCUUCAGUGAAAGCAGAGGGAGUUACAAGGUCUCCAAGUAUGACCAGGAGGAAGACAGCAGUAUGUCUACACAACAUUGUCGAACCCGCCAUCCGAUUAGUGCGCUGAAAUUCACUGAGGAGUUGACGCCCACGGAGCAGACGCCAAGGGGUUCAAUGGAAUCUCUUGCUCUUUCCAACGCCACAGGGCUCUCAGCAGAUGGUGGUGCCAAACGCCAAGAGCAUCUCUCUCGAUUUUCUAUGCCCGAUCUAAGCAAAGAUUCUGGAAUGAAUGUUUCAGAGAAGAUGAGUAAUAUGGGAACACUAAAUUCAUCUGUCCAGUUCAGAAGUGCUGAGUCUGUCCGCAGCUUACUUUCCGUUCAGCAGUACCAAGAUAUGGAAACCAACCUUCACGAUCUUGCCAGUCCCAUUGGUUACAGAGACACAGCAUCCCGUGGAAGGAUGCAUCAAAGCUUUGACUAUGAUGGUGGGAUGCCUGGAAAUAAGUUGGCUGGACAAGAGAGUGCCAGACAUCCUCCCAUGAGUGAGCGCACACCCAGACGGACUAAUCUCCGAGACGAUGAUCGCCGUUAUCGCCACCACAGACCCCGGCGGUCCAGGCGCUCUCGUUCUGACAAUGCCCUUCACCUUGCCAGUGAACAGAGCUAUAAGUUGAAAGAGAGACCCUCUCUGCGAGCUAGGGAGGAUUAUGAUCAGUUCUUACAGCAGAGAAGUUGUCGGGAGACCAUGGAACAGGGUGCACGAAGAAAUAUGUAUGGUCAGUGUCCAAGGACCGUAUCAGAUCUUGCUCUGCAAAACCACUUUACGGAGAGAUGGGGACCCUACUUUGCUGAAUACGAUUGGUGUUCUACCUGCUCCUCCUCCUCUGAAUCUGACAAUGAAGGCUAUUUCCUUGGGGAACCAAUCCCGCAACCCAGUCGUCUCCAGUACGUUGCUGGGGAAGACCUCCUUCACAAAUAUGGUUCAUACAGCAUGCCUAAGUCUUCCACACUAGGUGGUCGAGGACAGUUACACAGCCGGAAAAGGCAAAAGAGCAAAAACUGUAUCAUAGCAUAAUCAUGUUGCCUGGGCACAGUGUUGGAGAAUGUAAUUACUUCAUCAACUUUGCACUGUUGUAGGUCUUAAAGCGCUUUUUAUUGUAACAAACAUCCUGGCAAGCAGGCAACUGUAAGAAGGUCUAUAGACAAAAGAGUCUAUAAAUAGUCAUUAUUGUUGGCAUGGUGAAUAUAUUUUGCACAUUUUAUUUUGGGGGGGUGGAGGGUGGGAUCAAAUUUAUUUUAGCAUGUAAUCGUUACAAAUUUACUUCCUUCCCACAAGUAGUCACCACCCAUUUAAUAUCCAGUUCACCCACCUUUUUUUUAGUUGUCAUUGACUUCUAUAACCAGCCAUUAGCUACUAGCAUAUUCUCUUUCCCCUUUUGUUGUUUUUCAUUUUUAUCCCGUUUUUCCCUUCGGUCAUUCUCCCACCAGACUGCAAGAAAGCAUAAUUUUUCAUGACUGUUGUAUAAAUGCAACCAUCAAUGAGAGUUCUGAGAAAAUAUUUUUCUAUUUCAUAGUUUCUAAGGAAUGUCUGUGCUUAGCAGUCACUGAGACAUCCAUCGUGCUUUUUGGCCAGAGCUAAAUCAGUAGAGCUUCAACCCUCUUUAUUUAUUUAUAAUUUUUUGUUACUGGAUUUCUUCUGAAUCAGGAAAUCUUUACUUUCUGCAGUUUAAAAUAAAAGCAGGGACUUCUAAAAGAAAUCAUUAGCUCUUCAGGUUGCUUUUGAAGGUCACCUUCGUUUUAUGUUACUCUGUAAAACUGAUAACAAGCACCUAUCACUGGAACAAAAUGGAAACAAUACAGGGAAAAUAUAUAACUGAACUAUAUUGGUCAAAGAAACAUGAUCUGAGAGGGAGAUUUACAUCUUUUUAGAAUGGGCCAAAGUCAUUAAAACUUCAACUAAUUUUUGGGGAGAUAAACCAAAAUUAUUGUAAAUGACGCAGUGGUGUGAUGUCAGCAUGAACUUGUAUUGAGUAUAGAAUUGUUUUCUGGUGAUCUAGUUUCCUGGCAUUUUUAACUGCUAUUCAUUACCAAGGUAUCUUCAACAUUGCCUUCUGAAAUGCGUAAUCAAAUGAAUACAUCCUAAUCAUGUCUACCCACGGGAGAUAAUCACUUCAGACCCAUUAUGAAGGCAGUUUGAAGGGCCUAUCGUCAGUGUAGAACAGAGUCCAUUCUUUGGAAGCAGAACAAAUCAACAAAAGCUUCAACAUGGGUAGUUUAUAUACAUAGGGCUAAAAAUGUAUUGUGUGCUAUGGUGGAUGUGAGUUCUUUCUCUCUCUCUCUUUUCUCUGUAUGCUUUAAACAAUUGGGAGACUGACAUCAAGAUAUCUUCUAUAUCAUUUCCAAAAUGAGACAGUGGGAAAGAAGGAAAUUAUUGGGUUUUUUUUAUUUUUGGUUAUACUUUUCACUUACAUGGAUGUAAAACGGGUUUCAGUAGUCCCCAGCUAGGUAGUAACUUGCCAACUUAUACCACCUGUGCAUGGUUCUCUAGAGAGUUUGAGGAUUCUAUUAGAACAAAUGUUUGUUGGAAUAGAUGACAAAAUGCAAAUUGUGGGAUUUUUU